AUGCUGAAAUUGGUUGUCUUUUGCGUGUGUGUGAUUGUUUUUGUAACAGCACAUGGUGAUGGGGAAAAGGGAAAACGACAUCACCGACACGAAUGGUUCACGAAAUUCCUCGCCACUUUGCCCGAGGAUCAGCGCAAACAAGUCGAGGAGAUCAAGAGCAGCACGCCGGAUCGCAAGGAGCGUCGCGAGAAGCUACACAAAUUCUUUGAGAGUCUCCCUGCCGACAAACGACCACACUUUCCGCAACCGAAAUUCGUCGAGAAGUUGCCCGCUGAUAUUCAAGCUAAAAUCAAAGCCGUUCACGAGGAUCGAUCAAUCCAAUUCAGGGAUCGAUUCAAGAAGAUUCGGGAAAUUCUGGACUCGUUGCCUGAGGAUUUAAAGAAAUUAGUCCCUCAGCGUGGACCCUUUAAACAUGGUCACGUUGAGAGCAGCGAAGAGAAC